GCCGGCAAUCCAGGGCUCUCCACGCCCUCCAUGCGCUCAACACACACUUUCCAGACCUGCGCAUAGCUUCUGGAGCACCGAACACGAUCGCUACUAUUUCCGCGUCGCCGCGCUUCUUGGCUGUUAGAGCGCAGCCCUUUCCCCGAGCUCAGACACGCCAGUCCUCUACCUCUUCCACGAAACCACCGAUUCCUCGUUCGAGCUUGCCAGGAGGCCGUUGUCGCAAUGGCAGGCCAGCAGCAGCAGAUUAUAGACACGAUCUUUUCUAUGAAGAGAAAACUGCUACGAGGGAAUGACUCGGAUCUUGAAGAAGCAGACUCGCCAUUCGCAGACUACAGACAAGAUCUGAAGCGCAAGUCGCAAUAUGCGCGUGCCAGUGACCCAGAUUUCCUCGCGGACCCACGUCCCUACAAGAAGCGCAUUGAACACGCCGGCUAUCGCAGGUACAUCCUACAGCGCAACCCCGCGCGAUACGACCCAGAUGGCGACAUCGUCGAACCUUCAGACGAAUACGAAGAUGACGACGACCUCGAGGCAGUGGAGGAGAAUCCAUACGCAGACAUACGGCUGGAACGACUGCUCAGACCACUGACUUCUGCCGCUGACCUGCCAAACCAUCGAUCUCUGAGUGUUCCAUACACAUCCAAACACUUGACAAGCUUAGCGGACGAAGCUGGCGAGCUAUGGCGAAGGGAGCAGAUCACAAUCGCCAGGACAAAACAGCUUUUCGUCAAGCUACAAGGCGAUUCAACCUUUGCGCCAGCAGCUCUGGCGGCUAUGGCAGAUGCGCCACUCGGCAGCUCAGCGGCCAACGGUACAAUUCAGCGCGCCGUGAACGGACACUCGCAACCAGUAUCGCGCAACGACGUGACUCAAACAUUGGAUGAUGCUCAAGAUCUCGGAAUGGAAGAUGCUGGACAGCCUAACGGCACCCUGGGGGACGAACACAAUGGCGCAGAGACCACAGAGAAUGUCAACGGCACAGAGCCAACGAUCAACGGCACAGCGCAUGAGAUGGAUCAUACGCGCGAAAACGGCGAAGGUCCACCGUCUCCAGCUGGCGACGACGCCUCUGACGACACGUCUCAAGCCGCGCACCGUAUGACUACGCGCGCCCGAGCUCAAGCAGUAUCGACUCCCUCGCCGCCACACUCGCCCUCAAGUCUUGCAGGCCAAGUGCACCCGCUCUUUCUCUUCUCCACCGACUCACUCCCCGACCGCGACUUUGGUCUACCACCGAACGAAGCCGAAGAGACGCGCAUGCUGCUCAUGGCGUACGUACAGAAGCAAGAAGAGAUUGCUCGAGCAACCUCAGACCUGUACCAAGGGUUGAUGCACGCAGACCGCAUGCGGCAGGACGUGUUCAAAUGGUGUAAGGCUGAAGCGCACAUCGGUGAGAUGAGUGAUGGUGAAGACUGGUAUGAUAAUGAGGAGUGGAACCUAGACCACAACCUGACCAAGGGCCGAGACGAAGAGGAGGACGAGACAGCAAACACAGGGAAGAAGAGCACAAGACAGAGACGGAAGCCUGAUAAGGACGAUCGAUAGGCUUGGUCAGAAAUUGCGAGAAAGUGUGCCAGUAUAUGCCUUCUCAGUCAGCGACUGCUGCAGAUUGACUCGCAGCACCUGCCGCGCCAUAUUUACAAUUUUGCAUUACGCAGCGAUAUACCACGAUACCAAGAUAUGGAAUGCAUUGUUACAGUCAACACCAGUCUCGCCUGUAUUGCAGUCGUUCCUGCCUCACCGAAGCAGCCCCCGUGUUGACGCGUCUUUAGCGUGAGUUGCACUUUCCUGCAGUUCGUGGAGCAUAUCUCCUCUCACGUUAGGCUCCCCCAGAUGGAGUUUGUGCUCCGCUGCAACGACCUCAAGUGUCGGACGCAGCUGCACGAUCGAGCCGUCGUCACUACUUGCAGUCAUGUUUUCUGUACGCAAUGCGCCAACACGACCGGCC